AUGGCUCACAAGAAACAGGCAUGGGCGAAGCGAGUGAAGAAGGAGCGCUUCAAGAAGAAGUACCUGACGCGCAUGCAGGCGACGCGGCUACUCCAGAUGGAGUCCAUUCAGUUCCGGCGCCUGUGCAUUCUCAAGGGCGUCUACCCCCGCGCCCUCACCCGCAGCAAGCAAAAACAAAGCGGCAACGAGAAGCAGUACUACCUCGCCCGCGAAAUAAAGUGGCUGGUGCGCGACCACAUCGCAGAGAAGAUGAUGACGUACCGGGCUUGGGAAAAGAAAGUGAAGCGAGCGGAGGCGAUGGGCCGCGCCGACGACCUCAAGGCGCUGCAGAGCUCACGCGUGAAGCCGCGCCACAGCCUGGUGGCGACGAUUAAGGAGCGCUACCCGUACUUUAUCGACGCCAUUCGCGACGUGGACGACGCCAUGUCUAUGAUCCACAUGUACGCGUUCCUUAGCCCGGAGAUCAAGUCGGAGAGCACCAUCGAGAUACACCACUCCCUCACCUCCGGCCUGAGUGAGAAGGCCAAAGAAAUGUGCCAUCGUUGGAACCGCUACAUCGCACGCGCACACGUGCUGACGAAGGGCUUCAUCUCCAUCAAAGGUUAUUACUACGAAGCAAUCAUCAAGGGUGAGCGGGUGCGGUGGCUAUGCCCGCACGAGUAUGCUCACCGCUUCCCCCCGGGCAUCCAGCAGUAUGUAAUGCUCAGCUUCCUUGAGUUUUACCUGGAGAUGAUGAAGUUCGUCCUGUUCAAGCUCGAGUCGGACCUAGCGCGAGAUGAGGCGGACCGACUGGCAAUCGAAGAUGAGGAGGGCCUUACGCGCGCAAACGCUGAGGACUUUGCGAGCGGUGCGGCGCUGGCCGUAUUAGACGUCGGGGCUAACCAGGCGCAGGCCAAGGUAAAGGAGGCGGAGUCGAAGCGGUCGCUGAUGGAGGAAGAGCUGCUCAAGGUCCGCGAGCUGUUCCGCGGGCUGACCUUCUACAUCUCGCGCGAGGUGCCUGCGAAGCACUUCGCGCUCAUCAUUAAUGCGUGCGGCGGCCGCGUAGCGACCGACUACGUGGCGUCGAACAUCACUCAUGUCGUCGUUGACCGCCCAGCGCUGCCGCCAGGGUGGCAACAGCACGACCAGAUGGAAUAUGUGCAGCCGCAGUACAUCUUUGACUGCCUGAAUGCACGGCAGAUGCUCCCGGUGACGGGCUACCGCAUCGGCGAGGAUCUGCCGCCGCACGUGUCGCCCUUCUCCGUCUCCAUCACGAACUCCGCCGAGGACAACGCGGCGGUGGAGCAGGUGAAGAAGGACCACCCGAGGAUUGUCGGCUACGUGCCGGCGCGCGUGCAUGAGAUUCGAAAGCUGAUCAACCCGUCUUAUUCUCCCGUCGACCCAGAGGGGAAGGUGGCGCAGCUGGAGGACGAGUAUAGCGACGAGGAGAUGCACGUGGCGGUGCCGGAGAUGGACAUGGAGGACGACGUCUCGCUCUCUGGCGACGAGCUUGCCGAAGCGCGCAAGAAGCCGGGGUGGCAGGAGGAGGAGGUCACCGAGGAGGUGCAGCGGCCGAAACUGUCGGCCUUUAAGGUGAAGAAGCAGCGCGAGAUGAACCUGAUGAACGCGCCGACGAACGAGGUGGUGGCGCGGCGGCGGCAGGCACUGCGCAAGGCACAAGAAAAUUUGCGCCAGUCAGAGACACCCGAGGCACGUCUGCAGCGCAAGAUGAGCGAGGUGAAGCGCCAGGAGGCGGUGACACGCAAGAUGCAGCUGCAGGUCGCCCGCAAGAAGGCCGCACGCUUUUACAAGAUGGUCAGCGGUGUGGUUCAGGGCACGGCAAAGAAGGCCGCGACCCUGGAGGCGAAGGCGAAGCACAUUGCCGAAGGAAAGCUGCACAAGACCGAGGAUGGCAAGGGACUCGUCAACGCGCGGCUGGCGGCGCGGCGGCAGCGGGCGGAAGCGAAGGGCAAGAAGCUCAAGGAGAAGAAGGCCGACAACCCAUACAAGAAGCUGCCCAAGUGGGUUCAGUAG